AUGAAGCUUUUUCUCUUCGCAGCAUUUGUAGCAACCCUCAGCUAUUCUUUUUCCUGCUCCAUGCAGACUGCAAGGCUGCUGGCAGCUAUGAAUGCAGGGAUGUUGAAUGGAGGACUCUUAAAUGGAGGACUCUUAAAUGGAGCAAACCCCGGGAUGCUGGUUGGUGGUCUGAAUCCACCCAUUGUUGCUGGCGGUGGAGCAGGCGUUAUAGGGCAGCCCCAGUUUGCUCAGUUUGUUCCUCGAGUUCCUGCUUUUGUCGUUCCAGCUCAGGUCGGCAAUGUGUACCCUUUCCCUGCUGUCCCUGCAGUCAAUGCGUACCAGGUUCCUUUCAUGGGAGUACCCCAAAUGGCACCAAUGAAUGCUCCUCAGCAACCUGCGAUGGGGAACCCUGCUGGUGCUGCUCCACAGCAGCUUCCAGUUCAGCCUGAUCCUCUCGGAAGAUUCAGGCGCCAGAUUAUAAAAGCAGAAAACACCGUGAAGAGUACUGUGGACACUCAGAUUCCUUCUUCCGCUCCUUCUGCAUCACCAACAGCAGCACCCUGCAACAAGGAUAUUUAA